CUCUAUCAAAAUAUCAAUCACUUCUCACAUCACAUCUAAAGUCUUUCUUCUUUAAUUAUUCUCUCACCGUUUAACUUUAGCGUUUAACAAUGGAGUUGGAUCUUUCACCGAGACUACCAAAGAAAGUGUACGGAGGAGACGGUGGUUCGUACUUUGCAUGGUGUCCUGAAGAGUUACCCAUGCUACGUGAUGGCAACAUUGGAGCCGCUAAGCUCGCUCUAGAGAAGUAUGGCUUAGCUCUUCCUCGCUACUCCGAUUCCUCCAAGGUCGCUUAUGUUCUUGAAGGAUCUGGAACAGCAGGAAUUGUUCUCCCUGAGAAAGAGGAGAAAGUGAUUGAGAUCAAGAAAGGAGACUCCAUAGCUUUACCUUUCGGUGUAGUGACAUGGUGGUUCAACAGUGCCGACACUGAGCUUGUCAUUCUCUUCCUCGGUGAGACGCACAAGGGUCACAAAGCAGGACAGUUCACUGACUUUUACCUAACCGGAUCCAAUGGGAUCUUCACCGGUUUUUCAACCGAGUUUGUUGGCAGAGCAUGGGAUCUCGACGAGACCACCGUGAAGAAGCUUGUCGGAUCUCAGACUGGUAAUGGGAUCGUGAAGGUUGAUGCGAGUUUGAAAAUGCCUUCACCUAGGAAAGGUGACAGAGAAGGGUUUGUUCUGAACUGUUUGGAGGCUCCUCUUGAUGUUGAUAUCAAGGAUGGAGGAAGAGUUGUUGUGUUGAACACAAAGAAUCUUCCCUUGGUUGGUGAAGUCGGGUUUGGUGCUGAUCUGGUGAGGAUCGAUGGGCACUCGAUGUGUUCUCCUGGAUUUUCUUGUGACUCUGCCCUACAAGUUACAUACAUUGUUGGUGGUAGCGGUCGUGUUCAAGUCGUUGGUGCAGAUGGGAAGAGAGUUCUUGAGACUCAUGUGAAAGCUGGAGCUUUGUUUAUUGUUCCUAGGUUCUUUGUUGUGUCCAAGAUUGCUGAUUCUGAUGGCUUGUCUUGGUUCUCCAUCGUGACUACUCCUGAUCCCAUUUUCACGCAUUUGGCGGGGAAGACGUCGGUGUGGAAGGCAUUGUCGCCGGAGGUUUUGCAGGCGGCUUUUAAGGUUGCUCCGGAGGUGGAGAAGGCUUUCCGAUCUAAGAGGACUUCUGAUGCCAUCUUCUUCCCUCCUCCCAACUAAAGUAUGGAAGAUGAUUUGGUGGUUUAGUUUGGUUUGUGCUUUAAUCAAGUGUUUUCUAAGCGUGUCUUGGUUUUUAUUUCUUUUGGUUUGUGUUGACUAUGGUGCAUUGUUCUCGUUGUUACGAUUUGAAUAAAUAAAGAGAAUAAAUUACCCAAAGAUGAAAACCUUCUUUUACUUGGUUCCCGGCUCAGUUUUUGAGGAUAGUGCAAUUUUCUUGACAACUUCAAAUAUCUAAGAGCAACUGCAACGGUGUAUUUAUCGAAUCCUUAAGCCCAAGUCCUUAUGGGUUUUCGAUUAUAAUAAUAAUAAAUGGGCUCGUAUUGAGAAGGAUUAAUCCUUAUGGAAGAGGUUUUCGAUACCCAAUCCUUAUCGACGUGGCAUUUGAGACAAACCACAACGCUGUAUAAUCUCGUGUUUUUUUGUGGUGAAAAAAUCAUCUCGGUGAAGGAAAAACAAAAGCUCAACGGCGAUUCCGAUCCUCGGCGAAGAUCUGGUAAAUCAGUGGGUUCCUCUCUUGAUUCGAUUAGGGUUUCUUCUUGGGGAGAUUGAUUUCGUUCUCAUUUGUGUUUUAGAUUUCAUAUAUGGAUUUUGAAUCGAUUAGGGUUUCUUCUUGGGGAGAUUGAUUUCGUUCUCAUUCGUGUUUUCUAUUUCAUAUAUGGAUUUUGAAUCGAUUAGGGUUUCUUCUUGAGGAGAUUGAUUUCGUUCUCAUUCGUGUUUUCUAUUUCAUAUAUGUAUUUUGAAUCGAUUAGGGUUUCUAGUUGGGUCGCGACUUUGGGUUCGGCUUAGGUGUAUUCGAAAAGAUUUGGGGAUGUUUUGAUAAACGGUUUUCAAUCGAUUAUGGGGUUCAACCCGAAAAUAAUUUGAUGGUUUCAGAGAUGGAUCGGGUGGUGAUACAUUUGUUUGUUAUAUGUUUGUUAUGUGUUGCUAUAAAUCUGUUCAUGUCUUUUAUGUUUGUUUGUCUUAUUCUCACUGCCUAAACAUAUUUUUUUCAGGUUUAGUCAUCAUGGGACAAGAUUAUUCAUACACGCAGCCUUCUUCAUCAGACGAGCUUGACUUGACGUAUCUUCUUGAAGCAGAAGCUCAAAUUUACAAGGAUGAAGCUGAGAGUAGUUUGUACAUUGCAGAGUCGUUUCAGUACACACCUUCACCCGAGGCUGACGAUGGAAUACCGACGACUUGCUACUGUGGUUCUGAGCCGGAAAUUGCCACAUCUCACACGCAUAAAGAUCCAGGGAGAAGGUACUACACCUGCCCCAAUGUGGAUGAUGGGGAAUGCCACAUUUGGAAAUGGUGGGACGUAGCUGUUACGGAGGAGAUGACUGAGGUUAAGAGAGAAAUAAGGCUGCUUAAGGAUCAAGCUUUUCAGUGUGAUCAGAACGUGGUUAAGCUACGGAAGACAGUUUGUGAGCUACAGAAGACCGUCUGCGAGCAAAAGAAGAGCGUAUGGGCGGUCAUGAAGCCCUAUAUGAGGAUAAUGGUCUCAGUCCUGACCGUUCUUUUAGGUUUCGCGGUCAUGUAUAUGUCUGGUAAGUAUGUGUACUCUGCUUUGGUUUUGUUAAAGACAUUUUGUAUAACGUUGUGACUGUUUGAUCUCAUUUAUUUGCAGGAAUAAGUUCGAAGACGUAAAGCAAAGUCUACAAAAGCAGUGUCUCUUUAACUAGGUACAAUACUUAACCUUCAUUCUCUCUUUUGUUUCAAAUAUAAAUGCAAGUAGCUACCAAAUAUAAAUGCAAGUACCUAAACCUUCAUAGUCUCUUUAAAAUUUUCAACGCCUCGGAUUUGAUUGGUUAUAAUGUUUUCCAGCUUUACAAAUGGGUCUUAGGUUGAUUUGAUUGGUGUUUAAUAGAACUAGUUAGCUUCCCAACUGCAACUUUAAAUGUUUCUUAGUUUAAGCUCCCCUACUUAAGUUAGCUACCACAAUUCUGAGUUAGACAAAUCUGAAAACAUGGCUGCGAACAAUACAAGUUAUGUUAACCUCCUGUUUAGUCAAUCUCAGUCCCCAGUGGACCUUGAUUCACCCGAACCUUUUUGGUUCGGGACCCAAGGUCCUGAUGCGUCUCCUACUGUCGAAUCUGCUGUGGACUCUCCUGUUAGGAAGGAGAGGAGGCCUUGGUCUACUAAGGAGGACAAAAUCCUAAUCGGAGCUUGGCUUAACACGAGUAAGGAUGCGGUGGUGAGCAAUGAGCAGAAAGCUGCUAGGUUCUGGAGCCGCAUUGUUGACUACUACAACAAAAGCCCUCAACUGGUGGGAACAGUGCCUAGAGAGCUUGGUCAGUGCAAGCAGAGGUGGGCUCGGAUUAACGAGCAAGUGUGCAAGUUCGUAGGCUGCUAUGACACAGCACUGAGGGAGCAGAGUAGUGGGCAAAACGAUGAUGAUGUCAUGAUAGCUGCUUUGGAUAACUUCUCCAAUCAGUACUCGGUCAAGUUUAGCAUGGAACAUGCCUGGAGAGAGUUGAGGCAUGACCAGAAAUGGUCCUCUACCUAUUUGGCUAAGGGGAGUGGGAAGGAAAAGCGCAAAGGGGUGGAGGUUGUUAGAGAAGAAGAAGUGGUUAGACCCGUGGGGGUCAAGGCAGCUAAAGCUGCUACGAAGAAGAAGAAGAGUGUUGCAGAAGAGUCCUUGUCACAAAUACAAGUCAUAAUGGAAAUGAAAGAUAAACUCUCUAAGCAGAAGUUGCUUGACCGUCUACUCGCCAAAAAAGACCCUCUUACUGAGAUGGAAAAAGCUCUUCAGCUGAAACUUAUGUCUAAUAUGUUAUGAGUGUAGGUAGUAACAUGUCGAGUAGUUAGCUGUUACAAGUAAUUUUUUCAUGUUUGUUGUUUACUAACGCUUGUCUUAUUUGUUUUAGCAGGUGUAGAAGUCACGGGAGUGUCUGUCUGGAGUAGUCAGAGUCUGUUGGUCUUUAUCGCAGUCACGGGAGUUUGAAGUUUGUCACGGGUGUGGAGGAAGUCACGGGUGUCAAGUUUCACUUGUAUAAGUGCAGCUGUUUUAUCGUUUUAGUUUAUUUCUUGUAUGCAACUUUGUUCUGAAUGCUUCUCUUUCAAUAUAAGUACUUGUAAUGUCUAUCAAAUUCUGAAUGCUUCUCUUUCAAUCAAACAAACUCUUCUCUA